UCCCUCCCAUGAGGCCCCGCCCCCUCCCUGCCGGCGGCGAGUCAUGUGACUGGCCAAAAUGGCGGCGCUCAGGACGGCGGUGCCGCUGCUGGCGCUGCUGGGGCUGUGCCUGGGCCCCGCGGCCGCCGUCACGCCCCUGGUGAUCUGGCACGGCAUGGGAGACAGCUGCUGCAACCCGGUGAGCAUGGGCUACAUCCAAAAACUAGUGGAGAAAAAAAUUCCAGGGAUUUACGUCCUGUCUCUCAAGAUCGGGAGCAACCUGAUCCAGGACAUGGAGAACAGCUUCUUCAUGAACGUGAACGAUCAGGUGAGCGAGGUGUGCAGCCAGCUCGCCACGGACCCUCGCCUCAAGGGAGGCUACAACGCCAUGGGCUUCUCCCAGGGAGGCCAGUUCCUGAGGGCCGUGGCCCAGAGGUGCCCUUCUCCUCCCAUGCUCAACCUGAUCUCCGUCGGGGGACAGCACCAAGGGGUGUACGGCUUCCCACGCUGUCCCGGGGAGAGCUCCCACAUCUGCGACUGGAUCCGAAAAACCCUGGAUCUGGGAGCCUACACAAAAGCUGUGCAGGAGCACUUGGUGCAAGCAGAGUAUUGGCAUGACCCGCUGAAGGAGGAGGACUACAGGAAGAACAGCAUCUUUUUGGCUGACAUCAACCAGGAGAGGGGCAUCAACGAGACCUACAAGAAAAACCUGAUGGCUCUGAAGAAGUUUGUGAUGGUGAAAUUCCUCAACGAUACCAUGGUGGACCCUCCGAUCUCGGAGUGGUUUGGGUUUUACAAAAGUGGCCAAGCCAAGGAGACCAUCCCGCUGCAGGAGACCUCGCUGUACAAAGAGAGGUGGAAUCUCCCCCUUGUCUCUGCAGGAUCGCCUGGGGCUGCAGGAGAUGGACAAAGCAGGGAAGUUGGUGUUCCUGGGGGUGAAAGGGGAUCACCUGCACUUCUCAGAAGAGUGGUUUGACAGCACCAUCCUCCCCUUCCUCCAGUGAAGCUCCUCUGGGAGCACUGGGGGAGGGUUUUUCACUGUCUCUAACACCAGCUACUGUGCAACAGCACUCAGUGCAUCCAAGCCUGCAGGGAUUUGGGGAAGGGGAACAAGAGGAGGUUUAGCUCGGCGGGAUUUAAUUCCAGCCCCAUCUGGGCUGAGCCUUGCACUGACUCUGACACACUCCAGCCUGCACAGGGCCUGGUAAACCGACCUCAGUUCUCAGAGCUGUGGCUGAGCUGGUCCCUGGUGAGGGCAGAAGGAUCAGCUCAGCCAGAGGUUUGUUCUCCAUCCCCUGUUCCUGCAGGACACACUGGCAGUAUUAACCCAACUCACUCGUGCAGGGAUCAGCAAGACUUUCAUGGCAGGGGAGUUAUGUUACAGCCUAUCCUUCAAGAUGGGGAAAAACACCAAAUUGAGGGGUUUCUGGGGGGGGGGAAGAGGGUUUGGAGUUCAGCAGUAUUAACAGCUUGAACAGUUUUCAACUAAUGGCUUGGUUUAUGUUCUUUUGUACAACUGAAAUCAAUAAAGAACUUUCCAUCUAACCAACUAAAAAAAAAAAAGAUUGGACAACUACUGACUGUGAGUGGAGGGGAGUUGAGGAAAGUCUGGGAAACUCUUCAAAGGAAUCAAGGCAGGGUCGGGCAGAGAGGGGCAUCUUGUCCUGCCUGAAGUCCUGGGUGCCCCCAAAAAGAGACAAGAGUCACAGUAAUGAGCAAGUUGGCAUUAACUUUAUUCUAUCUUCUGUAUAAUCUCAAGUACAUAAGAAAGGUUCUUCCACAAGCCUCAGGAGAAGACAAGUACAAGUCACAGGACAGUUUCAAAAUAAAAAAAAUUUGCAUAA